UUUUUUUUUUACUACAAUGAUUAUUGUUACCAGAGAACAGGCUGUUUGUAUGUUCUUUUGUGAAGAAUACACUGAAUCAAACGUUAUCAAAUGCUCCAAGAAGAUUGAUGACAGGGAAGAUAUUGAAAUCUGUUACGCAGAAGACCCUACAGAACCAAUACUACUUCACCAAUUAUGUAUCAACGGGAAUCCAUUCAAGUUCAAAACUUAUAUCAGCAAGUAUGAAUUGGAGUCACUUCCAGUGGAUGAUAUGGAAUAAAACAAUAAAAAAUUGUAUAAAAAAAUAAUAAUAAUAUGGCAAAAUGGAUUCUAGCUCUACGUUAGUCAUAUACUAUAUUCAACUGGGAUCAGAUAUAUUUUAUGUUUAUAGUUUAGCAUAAUAUAAUUGCAUGUAUAUAUAAAUAAAACAAAUAUUUGUAGAUAAGAAAUAA